AUGACUCGACCACGACCAGACCGUCUGGGCAUUUGGUUCUUCAUCGUCUGGGCGUCUAAGGUUCUUCUUCGUCGACAUUCGACGUUCUACCGUCGUUCUUCUAAGUAUAGAGGUAAAAUUAUUGAACAGAGGUACCAUCUAUCUAUCACAAUGAGCUUGAGCAAGAGCAACGAUUCCAAUGAUGAUGUUGUUGUGAUGCCAUCACUACCACUACCACCACGAAAAAACGAAAGUGGGGAGACAGUUUCAAAGCAUAUAAGUGGACGAAAGAGGAAAAAUUCAUCUAUGAUAUGGGAUCACUUUACUAAAUAUUCUGAAUAUAGUGAUGAUGAUCCGCAUGCUAAAUAUUGGAAAUUACAUAAAAGAAUUCUUACUUUCACCCAAAUUGAGAAUCAUAAAGGGGAGACGAUAGGAAAAGAGGUUGAGAAAUGUCUAAAACAGUGGGGUAUUGAAAAGGUUAUGACAUUGACAGUUGAUAAUGCUUCGUCAAAUGAUACUGCCAUUGCUUAUUUGAAAAAACGUUUUAAGCAUGGGUUGGUGUUAGAUGAUGCUGUGAGGUUUGUUAGAUCUUCUCCUACUAGACUUGUCACAUUUAAGAAGUGUAUCACAGAGGAGAGCAUAGAUAGUAAAAGUAUGUUGUGUCAUGAUUUUUCAACUAGAUGGAAUUCUACCUAUUUGAUGCUUGAGGCUGCCGUAAAAUUUGAAAAGGCAUUUGAGAGGUUAGAAGACUAUGACACAGUCUACAUGAAUGAGGAGGAAAAACCAACCACCAGGGAUUGGGAAAUUGCGAGAAUAUUUAUCAAAUUCUUCUCAGUGUUCUAUGAAGUAACUGUUAGGCUUUCAGGGUCUUUGUAUGUUACUUCCAAUACAAUCUUUCAUGAGAUUAGUAUUGUUCAGAAUUGCAUCAGAAAAUAUUCAAGUGCAACUGGUCCUAAAGAUGUGCUUUUGCAAGAAAUGGCAACGAAAAUGCAAGAAAAGUUUGAUAAGUAUUGGGGAAAUAGAGAUAGAAAAAAUUUAUUCUUGUAUGUUGCUUUCGUUUUGGAUCCUCGUUAUAAGAUGAAAUUUCUUUUGAAUUGCCUAAAUCAAUUAUUUUAUGUUGAUGUGGCAAAAGCCAUAGGAAGUAAGGUAGAGGGUGUUUUGAGAGUAUUGUUCAAUGAAUACAAUUUGUCACUAUCAGUUGCUAAUAAGGGUCAAUCUUCAUGUACCAUUAAAAGUUUUCCAUUUAGAACUUCAAGUGCAAGUGCUUCAGAGAUUUUCCGUUUUGAUUUUGAAGAUUUGGAUGAAGAUGAUUCGCAAAGUGUGGAUCAGAAGUUGAAUAUUUACUUACUUGAGCCUCGUGUUAAACGUGAAGAUGAUUUUGUAUCUUAG